UCUAAUCUGUUCUGAUUGGCUAAUUAUACUAUCCCCGCCUCCUAGGCCGGCUGCCAUUGGUGGAGAGGCUCCCAGCACUUGCGGUAGCUGGUGGAUGUUGUUUGCGAAGCUCCAGUCGGGCUGCGCUCUCCCUCCGUGUCCUGAUGGCGGUCACCAAGCGCCUCUGGAUAUGUAUCGCAUACGCCAGCAUGGGCACCCUCAUCGGCCUGUCCGCCUUCUUCACCUGGAACAUCGCCUUCGUGCAGCCCUGGACCGCGGCCAUGGGGGGUUUAUCAGGUGAGACACGUGAUGGCGUGCAGCUGGGGCAUGACGUCACUCACACACAUGACGUCAUGUUAUGCUGACUGGGUGCUUUCACCAAGAUGCAUAAUAUCGUGCUCUAUCAUCCUUUAAUGGCACAUUACCUACAGGGCAAGGGAAGCCAUGUCACCAAAUAAUAAUAAUAAUAAUAAUAAUGAAUAUUAUUUACUAAACUGGGAGGAUGGAAAUCUAUAGCAGAAAUGGGAGGUGUCUCUAACCAUUAUUUUGCCUAAAAUGAGUUUUUUUUUGUUUGUUUUUUUUAUCAUAAUUUGCAUUUUUCAUGUUCUAUUCCCUAAUCCACGAUGUAGCCAGCGAUUUUUAACUCUUUGGGGACAAAGCAUUCUAGCUACAGAGUAGUAAUAUAUUUUUAUUUUAUUUUUUAUUCAACUAUUUUGGCCUAAAAUGUGUAUUCCAUACAUCCUGAUUUAGUGCAUAACCAUGUGUUGUGGAAAGAGCACAGUCAGUAUCUUAUUACAUUUAUUUUUUUUUUUAUUUUUUUUGUUAAUUGCCCUUCAGGUUUUGCUCUACAAAUCUUAGAGUUGUCUGCCAUGGCAGAUAAUUAUGGGAGUUUUAGUCCAACAAUAAAUAGUGGGCCAGCUUUAGACCACCAAGGCUUGUUUUCCGGUGAUACCAAGUCCUGUGGCUGGUACUGCAUUAAUUCUGGGUUUUUCCUAAUGAUUGUUAGCCCAGCAAGACUGGCAGGGUAUCAUGGAAAAACAUUGCUAACAGCCGACUGAACUACGAAUUGUGGUUUUCCCAUUUUUGAUUGGUCGGGGUGAACCACCUUUGGUGCUGUGUUGGAAAUCUAAGCUUUACAUGAAAGAUACAAAUGGUAGUUGGACCUCUAAUAAAUGAUCUGUGAGUUAAUCAGUGUUUGAAAUAGGACAUGGACAAACAAGUUAUAGUGUGGUAAAUACUUGUUGAAAACAUAAUCUCACCAUGAUUGAGAUAGAGAUAUAUAUUUAUGUAUGUGUGUGUGUGUAUUUGGUCUGCCGGUUGCAGUUAUAGAUCCCCACACAAACUGCAGAAAGCGCCUCUGGUCUGCUGGAUAGCCACUAGAGGCAUUUUAAACCCUGUACGGUAAGCAUUACCGUUUUUUUCUAAAACGGCAAUGUUUGCGGCUGCAGGGUUAAUGGGACAGUGCACCCAGACCAUUUAAUGAGAUGGAGUGGUCUGGGUGCCUAUAGUGUUCCUUUAAUUGUGAAGUGCUGAUAAUAUAGUGUAAAGCUGCGGUUCCCAAAGUUUUCAGGUCCAAGGCACCCCAAGUCAGAAAAUCUAGGUUGUAUAUCUGUACAGCCCUGCGGCAUUUACUGGCGCUAUAGUGUAAAAUAUAGUGUUAAUGUUUGAAGGGGUGCUUGUAUAUAGUUUUAACACACAGGUGUGUUUGAAUGUAAUGUUCACUUUUAAAUGCGGAUGUACAUUUGUGUGAAGUAUUUGUUUGCGUGAAGGGGUGUAUUUGUAUAUCUUUUGGAGUUUGAAUGCAGGGCUGUGUUUGUAUGUAAUAUUUGUUAGAUUGCAAGAGUGUGUUUGUAUGUUGUGCUGGUGUUUGCUUGGAUGAAUGCACAUACACUACCACAUACAUACGCAGAUAUACAUGCACAUUAACACACAGAUACAUAUAAAUACACCAUAUCUAUACAUUCAUAUAGAUACCAACACAUGCAUACACCGACAUAUACACACACAAAAGCUCACUGAUAUAUACACUCAUACAGGCACUCACACAAGUGAUUUUUUUUUGUAAUUUUUUUUUUUUUUAAAUAUAUAUCCAGCCACCCUCCUGUUAGCUUACAUUGUAUGUCCAGGAGGGUGGUUUGGAGUCCUGCUGGCUGGUGGUAGUGAGGGGUCUGGAGCAGCUCCAGGAAUGCUCCUCUCUGUCUCCCUGCAUAACGCUGUCACUUCCUCUCUGCUGGCAGACACUACAGGGGCCCGGUCGCGGUCUUAAAGGAUUGCGGCACCCGACCAGGCCCCUGUUCAGCAGUUAUGUUUCCCCAGGGCGCUGCAGCACACAUUUUGGCAAUCUUUCCAAGUCAGUUUUGUGAAUGGGGAGUCACUGAUUGUGAGCUGUCAGCUGAUGCUCUCCGCUAAUCUGCAGAGCCCCUGCCUGGGGCCACUCCGCGCUUCCUGAAACUAAAAGUUCAGAAUCUGGGUGCUACGUGGGAAGGAGUUGAGAUCAGCGCUGGAGUCAACUUUAGAGUUAAACUGUUUAAGAACAGUUUAACCCACUGAGGUAAGUGUGUGCCUGGGGGCCUCCUGUCACCAUAAGAACUUAAUUUAUAUUAAAUUGUUAUGGUGCCUAAACUAUUCCUGUUUAUUGAAAUUAAAAUCUGUUUCUCAUUUUAUUAUAUCACUUAAAGGGUGCCAUCUUGUCCCCUUUGAUGAGUAAGAGUGGUGUGGUGUUUUUUUUUUAUUUUUUUUUAAAUUGGCUUGGAUCACAUUUUAGAUGCUUUCUAUAAUGCCUAUUAAAUGUAAGUAGUAAAAGCAAAUACAAAAAUUAUACAAAUUGACUUAACGUAACACUCGCAUCACCAGAACCUAAUCUAAAUGAAGGUAUUAUGGUGCCUGGAGGCCCCACCAGUGCUCCAUUAUCUGUAGGGGUAAAACUGUUCUAGAAUGGUUUAACCCCCAAAAGCUGCUCUGAAAAGUCAGUGUUUACAUUUAAAAAGCCUGCAGGGACUGACUAUACUUAACAGAACUACAAUAAGCUGUAGUUAUUCUGGUAACUAUAGUGUUCCUUUUAAGGGACACACUAGGCACCAUAACCAUUUUACCUCACUGAAUUAUCCAUAGUGCAUGAAGUCCCCUGGCACUGUUCCUCUCUUCAGUGUUAAGCCAUUUUAAGCAGUUUGAUGGCCACUGGCUCCCCUUUGCUCUGUCCCCACUGGAGUUGAGACUAAAGCAGUAAUUGUAUACUUCUUUCUAGCCAUAACUAUUCCUCUCUGAAUGGGAGACUGUCUGAGCUUGUCAGCUGACUGCUUUCAGCCUAUCACAGACAGCCAUUGUUGCUCAGGCUAAUGCUUCCUCACAAUGUGUCUCAUAUUGUGUUGAAAGAUUAAAAACAGUUUAGCACUGAAUGGAAGAGGGUUCUAGGAGAAUCUCUAGAAACUAUAACCACCUCAAUGAGAUGAAGCGUUUAUGGUGCCUACAGUGCUAGGUUAGGGUUAAUGAGGUUUUAGGGUUAAGUUUAGGUAUGCAGUUAGUGCAAGAGUGGGGGGAUUCGUAUAGGGUUAACUUUAAUUACAAAAAUGUUAUAUAGAUCUUAUGCAUAUGAGUCAUUUAACAAUCAGAAAUGGUAUAUGAAUCUAUCAUGAGCAGGGGAUGCGUACAAAUUACUAGGGAUCGACCGAUUAUCGGUUUUACCUAUAUUAUCUGCCGAUAUUCUGUAUUCUUGAAAUUCCACACUGAGGAAAUGGAGGGUUAGAGUGAAGAUCAGAAAAAAAGUGUUUUAGGCAGCAUAUGAGUGGGAAUGUACCUUUUGAAGAACAUUUGUGGAAAAAGUUAUAUAAAUCUUAAAGGAUCAUUAUAGUGUCAGGAAAACAAACCUGUUUUCCCGACAUUGUCAUCCUUGGGGGACACUCACCCUUAGGGUCCCCCUCCCGUGGUGCUGAAGGGGUUAAGACCCCUUCAGCAGCUUACCUGGUGACCUCUCCUCCCCCGCCGUCAGCUCCAGAGUGGAGCGGAAUGCUAAUCCGCGGCAACAGCUGUGCGCGCAUUCUAACCAUCCAUAGGAAAGCAUUUCUCAAUGCUUUCCUAUGGACAUUCUGCACGCUGGAUGCGAAUUUCGCAUCUAGCGUUGCAGAAGUGCCCCUAGCGGUUGUCAGGAAGACAGCCACUAGAGAUUGGAUUAACCCUGCUAUGUAAACAAUGGCACUUUCUCUGAAACUGCUAUGUUUACAUGUGAUGGGUUAAAACCUGAGGGACCUGGCACCCAGACCACUUUAUUGAGCUGAAGUGGUCUGAGUGACUAUAUUGUCCCUUUAACAGAGAACAGUUCCUGAUAGUUUUUUUUUUUUUUUUGUUAGCUUGAGAGCACUGAUUGACACCUGUAGGAGAAGGCAGUGUCGCUCUGACAGCCAGGGAGGUGUCUCCUACUUGAUAUAUAAAGGUGUUAAAUUCUCAAACAAAUCUGCUCAUUUAUAGGCUGCCAUUAAAAUGGGAUAAGGGUAGCUGGAGUUUUUUUUUUAUUUUUUUUAUUUUUUUAUGUGAGUGGAGGUGUCCUUUAAUGCCAGCAUAAAUUACAGCAACCUAACCUUCUAAAGGGGGUUGGCUGCGUGAGAAAAAUCUUCUGAUAAAUGGGCUUCGGAAGCACAUUUAUUGGGCAUAGCUGAGAUUGCAUAGAGUGGUAAAGCUCUUGUAUAAGGGGUUUCUCUCCAUGCAUCUCAGUCUGCCAUCAAGGGACUCACAUGGAGUUUUUUAAUUUAAAUGUUGUUUUUUGUUAGUUUUUUGCAGUCCAGCAGCAAAUAGAAAUUAAUUUGCAUUAUCAGAUGAUCAGUAACACCAUUUGGAAUUCAGAAUGGUUGUGCCAUGUGUAUUGGUGAGGGAAAGUUUGUGAAGCCUUCAGAAAUAAUUGUACCUCAACUUAAAAUCCAGUCUGAUCUUUAUCUGAAAGGAACACUAUAGGGUCAGGAACACAAACUUGUUUUCCUGACCAUAUAGUGUUAAAAAAAAAACCCUUUGCCUCCAUUUAAAAAGAAUGAAAACUCACCUUUAUUUCAGUGUUCCACUUGGCUGAGAUAAUCAAAAUGGAUGAACUCAGCAAAUCCAAUGCAUUUCCUCAUAGAAAUGCAUUGACUCAAUGCACAUGCACAGCGUGGAGACGCUGAAUGUCAGUAAAGGAAGUACCUUAAGUGACCUAGGCAGUGGCCCCUAGAGGUGUUCUAGGCAGUAAUGUAAAUUCUGCAUUUUCUCUGCAAAGGCAGUGUUUACAUUUUAAAAUGCCUGCAGUGCGUGUGUCUUAUCAGUGAGAGUGUGUGCAUAUGUGUCUGUCUGUCAGUGUAGUUUGUGCAUAUGUGUCUGUCAGUGAAUGUGUAUGUUUAGGUCACCGAAAAGGCAGUGCUUACAUUGAAAAGCCUGCAGGGACAGGCUGUAGACAGCAGAAAAACUACAUUAAGUUGUACUUGUUCUGGUGACUAUAGUGUCCCUUUAAAGGGUUAGUCCAAUCAUCACAACCACUACAGUCUAAUUAUUUGAUUCUCCGCGGUCUUCGAUACUCCAUGGUGGUUUGUUUUGACGCAUUUACGGUUUCUGUGGAAGCUGGAUGCCGUGGCCAUUCACAUUCAUUGGAUAAGAGCAUUAGCUGAUCACUCUCAGCCAGGGAUUGACAUUCUGUGCAAUUAUUUAAAAACAGCUGGGCUGCCUAAUUACUCCCCAAUGAUGCUGCCCGAGGUGGACUUACGUGCAACAUUGAUGCAAUUAUAUUUACACUGAAUUAAUGAAGGCCAUUCUGAAGGUUUCACUAACUCUUUCUGUUGUGUAUUCUUGGUGCACCACAGCCAUCAAAUUACAGCAAAUGAGAAACAACUGAAGUAUGAAUGUGUUCUUUGGUGCUUGUUUCCAGGAUCUGUACACACAUACACUGCUGAACAAAUCUAGUUUCUGGGUUUUGACACGCUUGUGUGGAUGUGAAAACCUUAAAGGAUUACUCCAACCACCAUGACCGCUUCAGUAAUAUGAUAUAUAAUAUGCUUAGUGUUUAGCUAAUGGAGGUUUAAGAACUCUGUGUUAGUGUUUUUAUAUGUUGAUUAGAUUGGAAAAUUGUAUUGUAACAUUUUCUGAAUUGUAUAAGGGGUAUAUUUCUUUUGUGUUGUGUGUAUUUUCUGCAGCAAUAUGUUGGAAGACUAACUUUCCUCUUGUAUUGAGUUUAUUAAAGGCACACUCUAAGCACCAAAACAACUCUAGCUUAAAGGAACACUAUAGGGUCAUUAACACAAACCUGUAUUCCUCACCUUAUAGUGUUAAAACCACCAUUUAGGUGGCUUGCCCAGCCCUUUCCCCUCAGAAAGGGUUAAAACAUACCUUGUAUCCAGCUCUGCAUGGGUCUGUUGGCGCUGUCCCCGCACCAUACGCCUCUUUUGCUGACAUCAUUAGAAUUGAUUAUCUCAGCCAAUCUAAUGCUUUCCUACACAGGCCUGAGCUAAGCAACUAGGACAGGGGUAGACAACAUUCGGCACUCCAGAUGUUGUGGACUACAUCCCCCAUAAUGCUCUUACACCAAUAAUGCUGGCAAAGCAUCAUGGGAGGUGUAGUCCAAAACAUCUGGAGUGCCGAAGGUUGGCUAUGCCUGAACUAGGAAGUAACACAAUUGGCUGUCUGCAAGGUUAAUUUAAAAAAAAAUGCCAAAUUUAUUGAAAUCUGUGAAAUGGGGAAAAUAAGAGGGCACACACUUUAGAAAGCUAGGAGUCAUUCUCACGUUUUAGUUAAUAACCCUGUAAUCCAUUCAUUUUAUUUUCAGAAAGAUAAUUCUUUUUUUAUAUAUACAUAUGGAUUUGGGGAAAGUACCUUUUCAUGGAAAAAGUACCUAAUUGCCCAAUAUUUGUGAGGAUUAAAAUCAAAGUAUUCUUUUUAUAAAUAUUUACGUCUGAUGUGAUCAAAGUUAUUGCUCAAGCAACUGAAUGUGAAACUAUUUGGUGAGAUGCCUUAUAUAUGUUUUUCUCUCCUGUUCUUAAUGUUUACCAAAUGUUUGCAUUCUUGCAGUGGGAGGGAGCCUGGGUUCUUGUGAAAGUGACUCUGGGAACUAUGAGUUUCCAGAAAACUCUUAGCAAAGGAUUAAAAUAAAUCUUAUUUCAACACCAAUAGUAGGAAAUAACUCCUAUUCUUGCCUUGUGUGGCUUUUAGUUUUUGAAUAUAAAUAUAUAUAAAGAGGCGUUAUAAGUUUGUGUGUGUGUGUUUAUGUAUGUGUGUAUAUAAUAGUAUAACAUUUCAGCCAUCAAUUGCUUGUAUGCAUUGUGCACAACAUGCAUUCAGUGUGGGGGCAAUCUAUGCACCAUAGCCACUACAGCUUCUUGUAGUGGUUAUACUGCAGCAUCACCAAUUCUGCAAGUUAAAUAAGCUUACUUGCAAGCAGCAGCACAGUAGUAUGCUCAUGUGGCUGAACAGGGAAGUGAUGCGUCUCAUAUUAAGUCCCUGGUAGGGGAGUAUAGGCUGGCCAGUAUGUAAAAGAUAAGAUAACAGGGAAAACUCGCUAGCAACAUAACCACCAUCAUUCUCUUUUACAGGGUUAUUCACUAAAGAGAGUAUUCAAGUGGAUUUCACAUUUUAGAUCAAAAUAGCCAAACUGGAAACAUUCUCUGAGUAAAUUAUGCUUUCAGUUCGGCUACUCUGGCCUUAGAUUUGAAAUUCACUGUGUGUGUGUGUGUGUGUGUGUGUGUUUUUCCAACCCUAAGUCAGUAGGUUGUCCAAACUAAUUUUAUAUCGCCUUCACUUGUUUUUGUUAUCACUCAUACAGACCUAAAGAAACCUACUGUAGCAGGUAGGGAAGCGGGGGAAAGUUAAGCAUUCAUCUGAAUUUACCAGAACCUCAUAAAAGGAAAUUUACAGACUUAUUCUGUAGCAUCCUCCAGAGCAGAAGGGACUCCUUAAUCCACCACAAAGUCCCAAUGGCCAUGAGCUCAAAUAUGAUCAUGAUUUUUUUUAAAUUUCAUUAAGGACCACUAUAGUGCCAGGAAAACAUACUCGUUUUCCUGGCACUAUAGGGUUUCUUGGUCCCCCCCUCCCGCUGGGCUCUAGGGAAUGGAAGGGGUUAAAUCUUACCUGUUUUCCCUCGGCGCAGGGAACUCUCCUCCUCCUCCUUUUCGCCGUCAUCGGCAGAAUGCACAUGCGCGGCAUUUAGCUAGUCCAUAUAAAAGCAUUCUCUGUGCUUUCCUAUGGACGCUGGCGUCUUCUCACUGUGAAAAUCACAGUGAGAAGCGCCUCUAGCGGCUGUCAAUGAGACAGCCACUAGAGGCUGGAUUAACCCAUAGGUAAACAUAGCAGUUUCUCUGAAACUGCUAUGUUUACAGCAGAAAGGGUUAAUCCUAGAUGGACCUUGCACCCAGACCACUGGUCUGGGUGCCUGUAGUGGUCCUUUAACCUAUCCCAUUUAUUGUACACUGCAUGAUGGAAACUCAUAUAGACCUGUAACAUUUUCACAAACCACUUUAAGCAGCGUUGUCUAUUCAGUGACUGCUCUAAUAAUACAACAUGACAGAGUAAGCAUUUUAGUUAUAACCAGAUGCCCGAAUAAGGCCGUUAUUAUUCUUGGCUUUUUACUUAAAGAUAAGGUAAUUGGAUAGGAACCUCAUGUCAAUGUAAGCAUCUGGUUAAUUUAAUUCUCGUCUAAAAGUCUUCCUCGUGGGCUUGCAUCACUACUUUGGUCUUUCUGCAUAUUUUAGCCAUCAAAGGGAUUUAUUUAAAAAAAAAAAAAAAAACUCCAUAAUCACUUUUUUUUCUUUUUCACUCCAGCUUUAUAAAUAGUGCAUGCCAAUAUCAUCUCUCACCUUAACUACUGCAGUCUGUGUCUUAGUGGUCUUACGCGUUCUCAGCUGGCUCCGUUACAGUCUAUAAUAAAUGCGUUGGUGAGGCUCAUCUUCCUGUCUGCUUGCACCUUCCAUGGCUCCCCCCCUGUCAGUCCUUACACUGGCUUUGCAUGAGAUUUAGCUCUCAAUUUUAAAGUUCUGCUUCUUCUUUACAAAUCUAUAACUGUAAAUAACGCUGCUCCUACCUAUAAUUAUCAAUAUGUCCCAUCCAGGCGCAUACACUCUGCCAAAGAUCUGCAUCUAUUCUCUGUUCAUACUUGCACCACCGACGGCCGCCUUCAAGACUUCUCUAGGGCUGCACUGUUCUUAUGGAACUCCCUUCCUUGCUCUUUUAGACUCUCACCCAGUCUUAGUUCCUUCAAAAUAUCAUUAAAAACUUACUUCUUUUAAUAAAGUAUAUCAGUUGAACUGUUAAUAGAUAGAAACAUAGAAUGUGACGGCAGAUAAGAACCGUUUGGCCCAUCUAGCCUGCCCAAUUUUCUAAUUACUUUCAUUAGUCCCAGGCUUUAUCUUAAGUCUAGGAUUGCCUUAUGCCUAUCCCACGCAUGGUUAAAAUCCCUCACUGUGUUAACCUUUACCCCUCACCCUUUAGAAUGUAAGCUUGCUUGAGCAGGGCCCUCAGUACCAUCUCUCCUGUGCAUCCAUUGUCUUGUUGCAAAUACUUCUGUUAGUUCACCUAUUGUACAAUGCUGCAGAAUUUGUUGCCUCCCCACAGUUCCUGCGGAAAUAAACCCAGGGCUAUCCUGUCCCUCGCUGCAACUUCGCUCUUCCUGCUGGAGCUCACCACUAUUGAUGAACUCCCGGCCAAUCCGAUGCUACUUAUAGGGAAGCAUUUUGACGCAGAGCACAAAUCUGGCAAUCUUGCUUAUAGGGAAGAGCACACAUCCAGCUGUCUGACCGCAAGAAAGGUGCAACCAAUUUCUCGUAAAUUUGUCUCUGUUCUAAAGAAGAGGGGUGGGGGAGAUCACUUCAGCAAGCUGUGUGUGGAUUGCUUUCUGUGUCCAGAGUCUGCUAUAUUUGUGACCAUUUAUUAAAGUGCCGAUUUCAAUAGAAAUCAACACUUUUAUAAUAGGUGCAAAAACACUUCCCUGGCUGUUACACAGUCAGAUAUUCUUCCCCUUCCCUUAGCAUCACACAGUUAAUAGAAGUGUUCCUUUAAGCAAGCUAAAGUGCUUUAGGGGUUUGGACUAUUUCUUCAAUCCCAUCAUGUUUAUACAGUAAUAUGGUUACUAUUGAGAGUUUCUAUUUAUUUUAACUUGGCUGCAUUUGUUUGUUUAUAAACAUGCAUUAUUACUGUUGCCAAAUCUUUUUCUUUUUACACGUUCUUGGUAGAUGUACUUUUUCAUGGUGUCAAAUGGAUCAUUUUAAAUGGCUGCCUUUUUGGUAUGUAGCAUUCAUAUGCUGGUUGAAUAAAAUAAAUAAAAGACACAUAAAAUGGAUAUUGCAAGCUAUAUGUAUUUAUAACGUUAGCGAGCCACUGGUGCUAUUUAGUUUCAGGAUGUAGAAACGGAAAAUUUUAAACUCUCCUCCUAUCCUGUGGUGGUCUUAUAGCACCCACUACUCCUCUGUCUGCUCACAUCAGCCAGACAGAUGAUCUCCAUCUCUGACAAUCAAGUUUUACCAUUAAUAAUAGUAAAAGGAACACUCCAAGCACCCCCACUACAAGAGUACCCUGGUGUCCCCUUACCCAUUGACUUUAUACCUACGGUCUGCCAGGUUCCUAAACCUGUCUCCACUACUUAUGACAGAGAGACAGAAUCUCAGAAGCAAGAACUUGCAUUCAUUUUCCUGAGCUAAUCUCUGAAGUGGAUAUACAUUGAUUUUGCUGAAAAUACUGAAUUUAUAACUUUUGUUUCUUUUUUUUGAUUGAUUUCUUAUACAGCCACAGACAUUUCCUGUUGCUUUCAUGACAUUACACACUCCACUUCCCUUAACAAAACCACUAUUUAGUAAUCUACCCCAAUUAAAAACAUGCAUGCAUUUAAAUAUGCAUUAUAUCAUUGAGGUAUAUCUAAGAAAACGGCUUGCAAAUCUGCAGAUCUUUUCUGAAGCCUUAGCUGCCUUCUCCCCCUGAGCAGAUUUUCUGUGUCUGUGCAAUCACAGACUACUUAAUGCAGCUCAUUGUGUAUUUAAAAGGCAGGUGCUGUGAACAAUGGCCUCUUGAGUUUAGCUCCUCUGAGCUGAACAACCAAUAAGUAACAGGAUCGUUUGUGACAUCCAGGGGGUGUAACAAGGUUAAUUUACAAAAGUGCCAGAUUCAAUUGAAAGCUGUGCUUGUUGUUUUUUGAUGGAAAAAUAGAGGACAUACUGUUCACACAUAAAGCACUUAAGGAAGCUAAAGUGCAUUAGGUGUGUGGAGAGUUAAUUUUAAAGGACCUCUAAAGUUCCCAAGAUCACUUUAUCUCAUUGAAGUCAUCUGGGUGCAGUGGUCCAGUAGUUUUAACCCUUAAAUGUAAAACAUUGCUGUUUUUGUAAAAAUGCCAAUGUUUACAUUGAAGGGUUAAAUAUAUCUCUAGUGGCUGUCUUCUUGACUGGAACUUGCUCAAGAAUUCGGUUCUUAAAUCAAAUGUUGAUGCAAAUGCUGCCGCACAUGUGUAUCUCCAAUCCAGUGCUUCUUUACGAGAAGUUUUUGGGAUGGAGGGGAUCACAGAAGGAGUCACCAGGCAUGCUGAUUUCUUCAGUGGAGGAGUAUCAUCGAUGGAAAUGAGAAGGGAAGUUUAAUUUUAUAUUAUAAAGGGAGGUGAAAAGUGAAGGGAACAUAUAGUACUGAAUCUGAGGGAAAUAAGUGUUCUUUUCAGGGGUAGAGAUUCCAUCUAAGAAAUGUUAUUGAGUUAUGCCUGGUACACACUGUACAUCUUGGUCUUUUGUCACUAAACAGUCAGUAGUCGAGAGCUGUUGAUAGCCCAAAUUCUGAAAUUCUGCCUCUGUUAAUCACCUUUAUUGGUAUAAGAAACAGCCCACAAAAAGAAUUUGACAAAAAAACUAGCACUCAUUAGGGUAUUAAUGACUCAGUAUAUAAUUUUUUGUGAAAUCAUCAAUUUUUCGACAUACUCAACUGUUUAUGGUGCACGUGAAAAAUAAAAUAAAAACAGACAUCUGUGACUUUGCACUUUCAGAUUUGGUGUAAAACCGUUGAGUCACAGUGAACAGAAAAUUUGCUUUUCUGUAUAGUUCUCUUUUUUUUUUUUUUUUUUUUUCAUGUGUCUGCAAAAUAAGAAUGGUCUCUGUUAUGAAACAGACAUCAGUUUCCUGGUUUGAUCUAUGUGCCCUAUUCCAGUAGACAUUAAUGUAAGGGUGUCAACCAAACAUUUAUAUAAUCUUAUUAUUAAAUAUUAUCCUGUCAUGAACACCAACAUACUCACACACUAGCCGUUAGAGUGUACACAUUAGCACCUUGAAUCUACUCUGUGCUGUUAGAAGGGCUUAGACCUGCAGAAAUUUGUUUAAAAGUGGUGUAAGAAGUCUCUCAACUCUCAAUCAGGCAGCCAGAAUGCCUAGUUAGCACAAACACUGGAAGGUAAAAUACUGCUGGAGGAACACCUCUUAUAGUUAUGUGCAGAGCCUGAUUACCCAUUAGGUGGCCAAGGCGGCCAACUAGGAUGUGGGCCCCUGUCUGAGCCUUGCGGUUCUGGUGCUCUGAGAGGGAGUCAGAGUGCAGGCACCGGGUUUUCCACAGAGUGCUGGACUGGAAGGACUGCGGCUGCACUGGUAGACCAUCAAGGAUUGUAUUUGUGCCCUCUCCUUGCCCAGGACAAAGCAGGAGUGAGGCAAAUGUUAUAUAUAAAAAUGCAUUAGUGUGUCAAGACUCUAUUUAACAUUCUGCACAGAUACUGUCACAUGUAACCUUACAGUACAGUAACCAAACCAACUUUAGCUUAAUGAAACAGUCUUUGUGUAUAGAUCAGGCCUCUUUAGUCUAACUUCUCAAUUAUCUGAAUAGGUUCAGCUUAAUUGACUCACACUCAACAGGCAAAUAGUAGUGCUGUGGCACAAAAUUUUGAACCAUAUCUUAGUGAGUGCCAUGCGCUAUAGUGCAUGAACUCAAAGCACCCUUGACUUGGACUGGCCCGUCUUCUAUCUUAAGAAAAAAAAGAAGAGGAAAAAAAAACACACAAAGGUACAGUGCCAGUUUAACCCCUUAAGGACCAAACUUCUGGAAUAAAAGGGAAUCAUGACAUGUCACACAUGUCAUGUGUCCUUAAGGGGUUAAGCAUGGUUAUUUUUUGCUGUGUCACAUUUUAGUCUUAUUUUGCAGAAGUGAGAUUAGAUUACCUCUCACUUGACUUCAGUUUUUGCUGAGCCUUGCUGUUCCACUUUACUCUCACUGCCUUUGCUGAGUCCUCUUUUUUUCAUAACUGAAAUUUUAGUUUAUGCAAUUCCCAUCUGAUGGAUGCUAUGUGCCACCUCCAAAUAGAGAUCCACUACAGGCACAUGUGCUAUAAGAUCAGUAUAUGUUGAUAUUAAAGAGACAUUCCAGGCACCAUAACAAUGUUGUUGAAAUUAAGUAGUUAUGGUGCCAGAAGCUCCCUGGAGUUGGCUCUCCUUAAUAGAUUAAACUGAGAAUAGUUUAACCUCAAAGUGUGUGUUCCAGCGCCAAAUCUCCUUACCUCCUGUUUGUUUUCUCAAAAUUCUUAACACUGAAGGCUCUUGCGGAACCGGACAGCAGUGCCGCUGAUUGUGCGUGGUCAGCUGAUGCUCUCAGCCAAUCAGUGACUCCCCAUUCAUAAAACUGGCUUGAAAAGGGUAAGUUGCUUUUGAAGCCAGUUUAAUAAAUGGGGAGUCAAUGUCUGAGAUCAUCAGCUUACCACUCUCAGCUAAUUGGCGGCAGCGCAGUCCGAUUAUUCUCAAGAGCCUUCCGGUUUAAAGAUUUUGAGAAAACGUAAGGACCGAGUCUGGAUGCAAUCCCCCUGUUUGUCAAUUUCAAACAGUUUGAGUGGGUUGACAAAACUUAGGCUGUCCUGGUACCUACAGCCUGACUCUUCUGCUGUCCGCAAUAGCACACCCAAUUUGUAUGUUUUUUUUUAGUUGUUUUUUUUUAUGUAACUUAAAUUAACAGUUCAUUCCAGCCUUUCUUGUUAAACUAACAUAAUAUUACAUCAAACUACUUGGUGGGUUUAAGCUAAGCUAUUACUUACAUGUUUUGUGUUUUACACAAUCUUUUCAUAUAUAUUUUCACAUUGUAUACAUUGCAAGUAUGGCUUGGAUUUCCUUGCUAGGACAGGUUUCAUAUUGUCUUCUUUUUCUCAGGUGUGCUGGCUCUAUGGACACUAAUUACACACAUCAUGUAUGUUCAAGACUUCUGGAGGACAUGGCUGAAAGGACUGCGUUUCUUUCUCAUUGUUGGGAUCUUCUUCUUCAUUCUAGCACUGGUAGCAUUCAUAGCAUUCCUUGCUAUAGCCAUAUCUCAUAAACAGUGUAAGUAUCCCAUGUGUCUGCACAGAGGUACGCUAACCAAAAAUGCAAGGGGUGCAAUGUGCCCAGUACUUUCCUUGUAUCUGCAAUAAAUGUAUUUUGUUUACUGCAACUGUCUUAGUCAUUCCACAGCUGCUUUGUCAUGCAAUGGGCAGAUGGCCACUAUACUUAGAAUGGUGAAAAUCUAAGCUAAGCAAGUGCCUAAGCCACAUCUAAGCACAGAAGUUGUCCUCUUAGUUAAUCUCUUGAUGACCGGUAGCUGCUAGAACCGGGAUUAAAAUCUGAAUACGUACAUUUCAAAGUUAAUCUUAGUUCGUGGCUGCAAUGUUUAGGCUGGCGGUGGGCACUUUCGUGGCUGCAUGUGUUUGUAGCUGCUUCAUCCAGCCUUAGCUAAGUAGCUGCAUAAUCUAAUGCAGUAGUGGACUUAGAGGGGUACAUAUUGCUGGAUUGGGCAGAGGUAUGAUGUAAUAUCUCACCUCUUCCAUGAUUGUUCUUUUCAACUAGGUGUGCAGGUUUCCACCAACACUAAAGGGAAUAUAUUAAAUACUCCAAGUACCGUAAGUUAGACAAUGUACCUGGAGUCCAUUUCUUUACAAGAGUUGAAAGCUCACUGUAGUGAGCUAAAACUGAUACGGGGCUUAGCUCUUAGCUGAAAGCAAUCAGCUGAAGCUCUCACUCAAUGAGUUGGCCUUGCAUGGCAGGGUUUAGCACAGAAGAGCUAAUGGAAGCUCCAUGCAGGAGUUACCAACAUCUCAAAUCGUAAGCAAACAGAUUGACUAGACACUCCGGGAUCUGUGCCAGAUCCAGGAGUGUAUAGUCAAUCUGUUUGGUGCCCAUAACCACUAAAUAGGUGUCUAGUGUUUGUUGCUUGGUGUGUUCCUUUAAAUCAUGUUAAAUAAAGUAAGUCAGUAAGCACCUGAGAUAGAACCAGUGUAUGAUUCUCAGUAUAGGGUUGGGGCAUAUAAAAUAGGCGUGUAAAGAGAGGAGACAGUAUAGCCAUACCCACAUGGUUGAAAAAAUAAUUCUGUAUCCAGGUUCCAGUGACACUUUUCACUUGCCGCUGCAGGCACAGAAUGUAUGUUACCUCAGAAGGAGAGCCAUCUGUGUUGCUAAAGCAAGAAGUGAGACAACAUUCUCAGUACUGUGUUCCAGUUCUAGAUUACCAUGGCAACUUGGAACCUUGGGUGUGUUAAGGCCUAGAAUAACAGGCAAGCUGUUCCUAUAUUCCAACACUUUCAAAUGCAAAUUCAAUUUAUUAUUGCAUAAAAUAACUUGCUGAAUAUGGACAUUGUUAGUGUGGAAAAAAUCGCUAAAAUUACUAUAUGCUGUCCCUUUAUAUACUCUACUGGACUGGAUCCUCUCUUACCAAUUGUGUAUUGCCAGAUUUAUUUAGUGAUCCUGUUUUUAUUUGUGCUUGGAAAUUAGGCCUUCAGAACUGUCCCCAGUCUUUUCCAAGUGAUCUAAAUAAUUGCCUGUUAUACUGAUCAGAGUUGGGCCUCAAAUAAGCUUUCCAAAUGAUUUACCUGCAAAAACUCCUGUAGACUUUAAUGAUUUCUGUAGAUAAAUAAUUUGUGACGUUUUUCUAACAGUAUCGAAUCUUUGGAAAGUUUACCAAAUCGAUGCCUUAAUUCCUCAUCAGAACAUAACAAUCACUAUUUAUGGUUUUACUACAACCACCUGAUUUCCUGCAGGUCUGUAAUAUCCAUGUCCAACUACAGGAGGUUGGACUUGGCGUAACCCACCUGCCAUGCAUUUUUUUUUUUUUUUUUUUAAAGUCCCCUCCCUGCUUCUUACUUACCUUCCCAGCAGCACCCUGUGUAAAUCUCACGAGUCUCGCAGCCGUCAGAGCGUUACCAGGGCUCCGUGCGUCAUGCAGGCCGUGAGAUUUACACAGGGAGCUGCUGGGAAGGUUAGUAACCGCUUGCUGCUGGCCCCCUCUGUACUUUCCAUGCCACGGACCACAAGGGAAUACUAUAUCCCCCUUCCCUGGCCAAGUAAGAUAGGGGGGUGGGGGGAGAAGAGACUAAAAAAUAUAAGAAAGAAAAAAAAGAAAUUAAAUAAAAAAUGCCCCCUCCCUCAAAUUACAUACCUACAGAAACACACACACUGCAUUAUAUAUACACACUACACAAACACACUGUGUAUAUAAUGCAGUGUGUGUGUGUGUGUGUGUGUAUAAUGCACACUACACAAACACACUGCAUUCACUAUACACACACUACACCUACACAAACACACUGCAUUCAUUAUAUACACACUGCAUCCAAUACACAACACACACACACAGCUCCCCUGUCUCAACACACUGCAUCUACUACAUGUGGCAUGUAUAUUUUGUGCAUUUACCUUUUCAACAUUUUUUUUUUUUUUUAAAUGGUAAAUGUACAGAAUAUCUGUACUUUAUUGGCUAUCAGCCUGAAAGUUCACAGAUUAUUGGUAUCGACUCUAAAAAAUCAAUAUCGGUCGAUCCCUAGUUAUUACCUGACCUACAUUUGGAUUUCAUAUGGAUAAACUAUCCCAUCAAGUGUAAGCUAAAUUUGGUGCUCUCUUCAUAAAUCCGUCUUGCUUCAGUCUUCUGAUUAGGAAACUGACAAUGAAAAUGUAUCAUUGUCAGUGUAUGAUAAGGGAUGCAUUCUGGUUGAAUCCUUCUCCCAGUGCAACACCCUGCUGAAUGUGUGGCUUGUGUACCCAGGUUUACCAUUCCCUCUGUCCCAGCUUGACUGCUUUCUGCACAACAAAUAUCUAGUAUGAAAUGGGCUACUAACUGCUCAUACUGAAUGGUGGCAAUGCAAAUUGAAUCCAUUUUCAUGUUUCCUAUAUGGGUUUUAGAACUUUGAGAAUUUACCAAGUUGCUCAGUCUAUCGAGUUUGUGUUACAUUGACACAUUAAGUUGGCUCAUGGUUCUUCCAAUACCUUUUUAAAUAAAUGUGAUUUCAGGGUUUGCAUUUUUCUUUCCUGGAUGAUACAAAUGACUGUCUUGUAUGAGAACUUGGAAUAUAGUUGCAUGCAUUCCAGAACUUUAACAAAGAUGGGUAGAUAUGUAGUGUCCCUCAAGUAACAACUGUAAUGACCACUGGUGCACUAGCUGUUACUUCAGGUUCAGGUCUUUAGAAAUCUCCACUUCGUACAGUUGAAUAAGUUUUAUUUUGCUGCAUGAUACUUGCGCCAUAUCACCUUCUAUAUGUAAUUGAAUAACUGAACAAUGAGUAUGUAUGUCAGUCCUUGUGCAUUUCGCAAAUGUUUUAAAUAUUUUUCCCCUCUUUUUUUUUUUUUUUUUGCAUAUCUAGCCAUAACUGAUCCAACAAGCUUGUACUUAUCCUGCGUAUGGAGCUUCAUGUCCAUGAAAUGGGCUUUCCUGCUCAGUCGUUAUUCCCACCGCUACAGGAAGGAGUUUGCUGACAUUAGCAUCCUCAGUGACUUCUGAUACAGAUUUUGUCUGAGCAAGGAGGGUGUGAAAUUGCGAAGGACUUUUUAUGUGUAUAUAUGUGUAUUAAAUUCUUCUUUUGUGGUGCAAAUAUCCCAUGAAGACUCCUGAAGUUAAAACAAAACAUACGGAAAAUUGGAAGGACAUGGCAUUGCUUUAACAUACAUACAUAAACUUUUACUGCUGCAAAUUUGCUUCUUGUAUAACGAUGAUAAUUUUUUUUUUUAUAUAUAUAUAUAUAUAUAUAUCUUCUUUUUUUUUUAUGGGGAAAUUGCAAUGUUUAUCAACAGCAGUAAUCAUGCACUGCUUGUUUUUGCAUACAUAAUCAGCACAGACACUUUAUCUUUUGAUAAAACAGACUAACACUGUUAUACAAGAACGGACACAUCUCGAAAAACAAAUGUUCAUUUCGUUUACCUUCAUCAGCAAACUUUUUAGAAAUUGCUUUUAUUAUGUAUUUGUCAAUUGUGUAUUCUAUUUUACAAUGUUUAUGUAUGUGUACAAUAAUACAUUUAAAAUAUAAUAUUUUAUAUUUUUGGAGUCUUAACUUCACUGGGCCGGAAAAAUGAAUAAUAUUUUGGUUACACAUAGUAGGGCAUAUGGAGCAGUGUUACGGGUAAUACCAUAUAAUGUGUGUUCAAAUUGUUUUUAAGCUGCAGUGGAAAUCUAUGAAGUGCAAGGAAGUCAAGUGGUCAGGAGGAUUACUGGUAAAAAUAAUUCUAGAAAACACAACUUAUUUUCCAGCAAUAAAUGUACUAGUGGAAUCUUGGUUCACGCAGUAAUGUGCUGUCCUACAAGCUCUGCAUUUGAGCUGGUGCAAAGUCCUUGUUUCAAAGCCUAAUAAUGUUUAACACUUUGGGUGAGAGUGGUUCCAGUUUAUGCCACAGAAGUAAAAGAAAACAUAACCCACACACAUUCCUAUAUCUUGUGAAUAUCUUGUUUCUGUUUUUUUUGGGGGGGGAGUUUCACUAAAAUGAGCACACAAUGAGUGGAUUGAAUAUAUUACUAUUUAGAACAAUGUUAACGUGUAUCAGAAAAGGAGAAAUAAAAACCCUUCUCAAUUACUAGAUAUCUCAAGGUUAAUGAAUAACAUAUUGUUUGCUUUUCUUAGUUAAAUAAUUAUUUAUGCUGAUGUGGUAAAAUCUCAUAUGUACAAGUCGCCAUAGAUGGCAAGGAACAGAUGAUGAUGAACUGCAUCUUGAUCGAACUGUGGCUUUUAACGAUUGUUGUAUUACAACUCCUCUAGCACUUGGGGACUACAGGUUAACAUUGACCCCCAAUGCCGGUUUAAUUAAUAAGUGUAAGAAAACAAAAAGGUACCACUAGGGAACCAAAUAACCAUGCCCAAGAGGCUGCAAGAGGGGGUAACCCACAACAAUUCAAUUGGAUUACAAAAUAGACAAAUAGGCCCAAAAAGGGCAUAUGAGUGCAAAGAUGGAGAUCCAUCCAAAAGAUUUAAAAAAAUGGUAGAACAACUUUAUUAGAAAAUGCAACGAUUAGAAAAGUUAGAGUAAGAGACCGUACAUAUGCACAUUAAAAAGUCAUGAGGUUGUGGUUCAUGAUGGG